UAUAAGAUUGAGUGUAUUAAUCUUAUUGAGUAUUAUUGUAUAAUGACCAAUUAUUGGAUGUACAUUGUAUCUACAUUUGAGCUUGAGUCCUUCAAACUAUGUAUGAGCUUAUGAUAAUAGGAAGAGUGUGCAUGAAUGUCAGUGUUAGUUGAAAGUAAUGUUUUGUUUCUCUCUCUCUAGUUAUUACAAGGUCUUGAUUAUUCAGAUUCAGUUACUGUUCAUAUCAUUCAUAAUAGUUUACAUAUGUCACCUGAUGUAUGGGACAAGAAGUGUUUAGUAUGAUAGAACAAUCAAUAACAAUAUUAACAAAACUUGUAUGGCAACUUGUAUUACUCUUCAUUUAUCAUAACAAUCAAAUGUACUGUACAGUGCACAUUCUUAUUGUUGGGUGGGGCUGGUUAAUGAAUGGAUCACGUGAUAAGCUAUAAUGGACAUAAAAGCUGAAGCAUAGAUGUAGUCUCUAAUAUCUAUGGCUGAAGGUCAGUAUCAACUGGGAGUGAGGGUUCAACACACAACUGCAGUAGUAGGAGAGGUCCUGUACUGCUGGGGAGGAGCCCGGGGAGGAUUAGAUGGGUCGCACGAUUCUCCUACAAAGAAACAGUGUACUUCUGCUAUUGAUGCAUUCAACUUAUUAUCUGGUGUUUGGUCCUCUCAACCUACUAGAGGUAGUCCUCCCUUGGGAAUCAUGGGAGUCUCCUGUACCACCAUUAAUAAUAAUAUUUAUUAUUUUGGUGGUUGGUGUGGCCAUGACUUCUGCUUCCAUAACAGUUUGAACUGUUUAGACACUUUAACUCUUAAAUGGAAAGAAAUACAGCCAACUAGUGACAAUUUUGUGACUAAGAGAGGCUUUGGUGGCAUGAUAGUAAUGGGAAGUGAAGGUGAACCUCAACAACUACUGGUUAUUGGUGGGGAGGCUCCUAUAUCAACUAUUACACAGUAUCAUCAUCAAUUUGAGUACAAUAAGAUGGCUGGUGUUGAUGAUCUUGUUAGAACUAAUGAACAGAAUAUCUACAACCUGUCCAAUGGACAAUGGACUGUUCUAUCUGUCAGUGGACAGUGUUGUCCUCCAACUAGUAGCUUUAUAGUUGAAAGGAUCACUCAUAAUAAAGGAAUUAUGUAUGGAGGAUCAGUUGAUGGUGGUAUAGCUACUAACAGUAUCUACUUGUUUCAAUUAUCACAUAAUACAAUAAACUGGGAGUGUCUUAAUCAAGGAGCAAUAUCUGGACUGUGGCCUAAGGAGAGAAGGGCUCAUGCCAGUACUAUUAUCAAUGGUGUCUCUUCCUCACCUAUACUAGUAGUGAUUGGUGGACGGGAUAAUAGAGAUCAACUAGUGAAUGAUUGUUUGUUAUUAGACACAAACCAGUACAAUUGGAUGAAGAUUCCUCUACCUGAUUCUGUUACUGGUAGAUAUGCUCAUACUGUAUCAUCAUUUGUUGUUGAUCAUACUCAUGUGUUCCUGAUAAUAGUAGGAGGUGGUGUAGAGAGAGAACAGAAACAUGUAGGAGGAGGAGUAAUGGAAUGGUUUAGUACACCUGUCACUGAUCCUAAUAUCACAAUGGUAGUUGAACUAGUUUUUAAUGAUGGUCAAUGGUCAGUGGGUCCAGUAUUAGAUUCAGUUAGUAUUCCUUUAUUGUAUGAACAAAUACUAAAAGAAAGAAGAAAGGAAUCGAAUGAAUUCAUGACAGAUAAAGAGAAGGAGCUUCAAGUUAUCAUUGAGUCUUUACGUCAUGAUCUACAAGUGGCUAGAAUUAACAACCAAUCACUUCAGGAAGCACUACUGGAGACUCAAUCACUAUCAGAGAAGACGAUGCUAACAUUAGAAACACAAUCACUAGAAACUAAGACUCUUCUUACUAAACGAAAGAGAGAUCAAGAGGACUCACCACACUCAGAUAAUUCUAAGAAGUUUAAAACUGAUGAACCAGAGGAGUCAGUGGAGGAGAAACAAAUAAUGACUGGAGAAUAUGAGAAGCUUAAAGCUAUAGUUGCUGAUAAGGAAGUUUUUAUAACUGAACUAUUGAAAGGGAAGACACAAGUAGAGGAACAACUUAAAGAAAAGCAGAUAGUUAUUGAUGAUUUCAAGACUACAGUAUCUGAAAAAGAUGCAUAUAUAUCUAAACUAUUGAAAGAGAAAUCACAACAACAGGAGAGGAUCACAUCCCAAGAGGAGCAAUCAAUCAAAGAGACUAGUUCUGUUGAAGUUCAGUUCAACUACUUAAUACCAUCAAUGGGUAAGAGGUAUGCUAGCAAGUUUGAGCUGAUUUGACAAAAAUUAAUCGGAUUUAAUUUUUAAUGUUACUUAAAAAUUCAGUUCAAGUAGUCUUGCCCUGGCUAGUCCCUGUACUAAAGCACAGGGCUUUUGACCAAAUUUUGCCAAAAG